AUGCGGUCCCUCAUCUCAGCCCUCCACCGGACCGCUGCAUCAUUGCGGCCCGCUUCACGAACCGCAACAACAACCUCCUCAAACUCCUCCCCCUCCUCCCUUCGUCGCAGCCCCCGAACGAACGCCAUCUUCUUCCAGCCCAUACCCCUCAACUCAAUCUGCGCCAGAUGUCGCAUACAGCAACAAACCCGAUCCUACAGCAAUCAAUUGGCCGACGAUCCCGCCUGGCUCUCCGUCGUCGAUAAUCCCGCGAAGAUCGUCCGGACCGGAAACAAGCAUGGGCCCGGGUUGAUUAUCCUAGCCCUAAUCCCCAUCAUCUCCUUCGGCCUGGGAACCUGGCAAAUUUACCGCCUGGACCGGAAGACCAAGAUGAUCGCCACGUUCGAAGACCGCCUCGUGAAAGACCCGCUGCCGCUGCCGCCGCGGAUCGAUCCGGCCGCGAUCUCCGAGUUCGAUUACCGCCGCGUCUACACGGUGGGCCGCUUCCGGCACGACCAGGAGAUGCUGGUGGGGCCGCGGAUGCACGACGGCACGGACGGUUUCUUCGUGGUGACGCCGCUGGAGCGUGGCGAGGGGCAGUCGACCAUUCUCGUGAACCGGGGGUGGAUCUCGCGGAAGCAGAAAGACCAGAAGGUGCGGGAUCAGGAGGGGGCGCUGCCGCGCGGUGAGGUCGUGGUGGAGGGACUGCUGCGCGAGCCGUGGAAGAAGAACAUGUUUACCCCGGAGAAUGUGCCCCAGGAGGGCAAGUUCUACUUUCCUGAUAUCCAGCAGAUGGCUGAGUUGACGGGUAGUCAGCCUGUUUGGAUUGAGCAGACUAUGGUGCCGGAUCUGGUUGAGUCCUAUAACCGGGAGGCUAAGGGUAUUCCUAUCGGUCGUGCCGCCGAGGUUAACUUGCGCAAUAACCACAGCCAGUAUAUCUUCACGUGGUACGGCCUGUCGCUGGCAACGACCAUUAUGUUCUGGAUGAUCGUUCGCAAAAGACCGAACGAGGCCACUCGUCGUGUGCGGUUGAAUCGUAACUGGUAG